UCAGUCUCCGUGUGACAGCCCCCAACACGGAAGGACGUGUGUUUGUAUAUAAGGCAUGGAACAGGAAGAGACGACACAUUUUGUGAGUUCCACCUGAUACAAGACAUCCGCCAUGAUGAAAGUCACAUGUUUCCUGGUCGCUGCCCUUCUGGCAUGCUGCGCUGCCCAGAUGGGCCAAUACUGUGGGAAUGUAAUGUGCCCCCAAGGGUUUGAGUGUAGUUAUUCCUCGAUGGGCCAAAGCCAGUGUGUAUCUAACAACUUCGUCUGCCCACAAGUCUGGAUUUCCAACACCUAUGAAUUCAAGUCCUGUUCUGGGUUCGCCGGAUGUGACCCUUACAGUGAGAAAUGUUGUAAUGGUGUGUGUAUGAAAGGUCCUUCUCUGGUGGCCUUCUCCAACAACGGCUGGGGAAGCGGCCCCGGCGGCCCCGGCGGCCCCGGCGGCCCCGGGGGUCCCGGCAUCCCCUAUUCUGGUGCUGAGAAGACCUCGGAGGAGGGCAAGAAACCAACGGGGUCCAGAUAGGAACUUAACUACAGCCUUCACCUUCGUGGUGUUGUUGUGAAUGAUAAAUAAAAUCUGACCACCAUG